ACUGCACUUCGCAUCCAGCAUCAGAAUAGCUCCUGAUAGUAGACGCUCGCGCUAGGAGCUCUUGCUGGUCUAGAGUUCAAAUUCAGGCUGAUCAGCGCAUUAUUACUCACGCAAUUCAAGUUGCGAGUUCUUCUUACGGUUGCCUCACUACAAGCUCUCCUACUCAGUGCCUUAUAGAACCCGCUCUGUGCGUGCACACUCCAGCCUGUUCGAGCUUUCAACUGCUUUUCUCGCUAGUAGCUUCGGGAGUCAAUAUGGCAGGAUCUGCGAUGGUCGUAGAGAGCUCUUUUCUAUCGUCGGCUAACCUCUUCAAGCCUAAGCUUCACUCGGACUCUUACGAGCUCGGAGUCGUUCUCGACAACUCGCUUCAGUCGCUCUCCGCGAAACCGGGGAGUGGCGUCAGCACCUCACGAAAGCCGCGUGUCACGAAAUGGGGUCUUCCCUGGGCGACUGGUAACCACGAAAUGAAACGCAUGGAUCUUGACACGGGUGGCGGCCUUGUUCACCAGGAUCAUCAGGAUCAUUAUGACAUGCGGGGAUCUGACGGAUUCAAGCUGCUGCCAGGAGGGACGCUUCCACUGAACGAAUCAAGUGCUGACAGUCGCGGCGUCGUCAUGCCAAGCUUCUUGGCGGAAGCGGGACGCAUUCAGGUUCUCCAGUCGUCCCCACCAUCGGCUGGACGAGCGGGAAUGAUCGACGGCGAGAUUCAGCGGCUCAUUCGGGAGAUGCGACUGGAGGAUCCGUUUUACGUCAUGGACAUCGGCGAGAUCGUCCGUCUUUUUACGGGCUGGACGGCCGCCUUUCCCCGGGUCCAGCCUUUCUACGCGGUGAAGUGCAACCCAUCCCCGCUACUCGUCUCCGUGCUUGCCGCUCUGGGAGCGGGAUUCGACUGCGCGAGCAAGGCCGAGAUUUCUCAGGUUCUGAGCAUGGGUGUGUCGCCUGACAGCAUCAUUUUCGCCAACCCCUGCAAGAUGCCGUCGCACAUCACCUUCGCCUCGGAAAUGGGUGUCCGUGCGACGACGUUCGACUCCGAAUCCGAGCUUGUCAAGGUGCACGCGUUGAAUCCCUCCGCCGUGCUGCUGCUCCGUCUGCAAGCCAACGACUCCACGGCUCGCUGCAACCUCGGCGUCAAGUACGGCGCGCUCAUGCACGAGGUGCCGUCCCUCCUCGCCGUCGCCUCGCGCCUCAAGCUUCACGUGGUGGGAGUUUCCUUCCACGUCGGAAGCGGCGCGGCCGACCCCGCUGCCUUCACCCGCGCCAUCGCCGCGGCGCGCCAAGUGUUCGACAUGGCCGCUGACGUGGCACGAGCGGCGGACAUGCCUGUCAUGUCGGUGCUUGACGUGGGUGGCGGGUUCACAGCACCUGGCACAGGAUGCUCCGGCGGCAUGCCUUUCGCCGCGGCUGCUAACGCGAUCAACUCGGCGCUCGACCGCUUCUUCCCGGAGGCGAGCGGCGUGGCGGUGAUCGCGGAGCCGGGCAGGUACUUCGCCGAGACGCCCUCCACGCUCGCCGCGUGCGUCUUCGGGCGGCGCGUGCGCGGCGAGCGGCGCGAGUACUGGAUCAACGACGGGCUGUACGGCUCCAUGAACUGCGCGCUCUACGACCACGCCACGCUGCGCGCGCACCCGCUUGCGCGCGCAUCCGCUUCCGCGUCCGACGGGUCUUCCGCGGACGGCGGCCUGGACUGCGGAGAGGUUGAGGUUAUUGACGUGAGCGGCGGCGGCAGCGGCGGCGGCGGGUUUGAGAAGGCGGAGGUUAGGGAGGGCCUGCCCCCAGAGGCGGAGUGCGGGGGGAAGCGCAGGAAGGGCGGCGGAGGCGGCGGAGCUCUGCGCGCGGCGGGGGCGGGGGCGGGCGGAGCGUUCUUCCCAUCGACGGUGUUCGGUCCGACUUGCGACGGGCUGGACAUGGUGCUGCGCGACGAGGCGCUGCCUGAGCUGGCGAUCGGCGAUUGGCUGGUGUUCCCGAACAUGGGCGCGUACACUGCGGCGGCGGGGUCCAGCUUUAACGGAUUCGCGACUGGGGAGAUUAAGACGUAUCUGGUGUACACUGUGGGCGCGGAGGAGGCGAAGGGCGGGGAGGCGGGCCUAGCGGCGGCAGCGCUGAACGGCGGAAGAGGAAGUGGAAGUGGAAGCGGAAGCGGAAGCGGAAGCGGAACCGUGGAGGGGGAUAGCAUGAGCGGGAUGAUGCUGGGGGGGGAGGAGAGUGGCAUGCGCGAGGCGGCGGAAGCGACGGGGAUGUGUCUGGCGCGAUCGGCGUCGGAGGAGAUGCUGCACACGCCGCGCAGCUCGGGCGCUGGUAGCAGCGAGCGCGGUAGUCUCGGGGGCGUGUGCGACGGCGCGGGCAGCGAGAGCAUCUGAAGUGGUAACCUGCCCGGUACUGUUUAUGGAUGGAGCCCGGAAGAGCUGGGUGACACGGCGGUUGGUUGGUGUGAUGUGGGAAGGCUGAAAUAAGCUGUCAGGCGCUGAAAUUAGAGGGUGUCUUGUGUAUAUGGGCUGAGGUAGGUUGCAGGGACAGCCCUCAGCAGCUAGGCAAUGUAGGCAGAGAGCGAAAUGCCUCUUUAUGUACAGUGUCUAUUGUUAUGAUUCCUUUAUUAUUAUUAUUAU